GAGAUAACAUGCAGACACAAUAAUUUGCUUGUCAAUGAGUUUAAUUAUGUAUAGCUUUAUUGUAUCCCAUCAAUUUGUUCCACUCUGUUAAUCUUUUUCAAAGAAAAUCAAUUUGUUCUAUUUUCUUACGGCUGAUGAUUGCGCUUUAACCGAUCAUCAGACGUGUUUUCAUUUUAUGAUCAUCAUUAUAUAACAGCACAUCUUUCUGUGUCCACAGAAACAUCUUCAUUACUACUCUUAUCAUGUUCAAUUAAAUUGAAACCCACGUCUCAUCUCUAUCAAUAUUUACAUUUCUCGGGUGAAAUCUGACUCGCAAGGAAAUCUUUUAUGUCUGUGAAAAUAUCGUUCUGACCUGUGUUUUAUUCAUUGUAUAUUAAUCAAUAAAAAUUUCGUGAUAUUAAUUUAAAAAGAGAAAAAUUAUUGAAACAAUAAAAGUUUGACGAUUAUUGAUUUUAAUAACUUCCAGUUGUGUGUUCUUUGAAAAACCCGCCAAACAUGGUCCAAAGUGAUUCUCUCUAACUGUGAUUUCAAUUGAAGAUAAUAAAAAGUGAUGAAUGCUUUAAAUGUCCGACUCGUUUUGUAUAAGCUGGUAAAACUGUGGAUUGAUUUAGGAUAAUUAACAGUGAAUUAUGUUUAUCUCAUCCAGUAUAAAUUAACAACAUCAACAAGUUAAACAUUCAUCUAUAACAUAGAAACAAUUUUCCCUUCCAUUAUGUUUCUUCAGCUGAUUUUGGUUCCUCUACUUUUGACCUUUAAUUCAAACUCUAUAGCCAAUGCGGACAUGGACCAUACACAUAUGAACCACCACAAUCAUGAAGAUAUGACGGGUUCUAUGGAGUCAAUGCAUUCGAUGCACUCGAUGCACGGUAUGGACAUGAAUGGUACUGAUAUGGACAUGAUGGAUAUGAUGAAGUCUUAUUUCCAUACUACUUUGGGUGAUACCUUAUUGUUUAAAAGUUGGGUCCUUGAUUCAUCUUCUCGUACAAUUGUGGCCUGUAUUGUUUUUUUCUUAAUGGCUCUACUUUAUGAAGGAUUGAAAAGCUAUCGUGAAUUUUUAUUUACCCGUGUGGCCUCUAAACGUUGUUAUUCAGUUUCUGUGAUAAAUACUGGAUCAAAUGGAUGUCCAGAAAAUUGUGGUGACGGAAAACCACCAGCUAGGAAUGUUGUAACAUGUAGAAUGUGGUCUUGGGCCCAUUUUUAUCAAUCCUUAUUACAUGUUCUCCAAGUGAUUGCCUCUUACACUCUCAUGUUGGGUUUCAUGUCUUACAAUAUAUGGAUUUGCCUAGCCAUUGCUUUGGGUGCUGGUCAUGGUUACUUUUUAUUUUGUUGGAAACGAAUUACUGUUGUUGAUGUGACCGAACAUUGUAAUUAGUCUUCAGUAUUUGACCAAAAACAUUUUUCACUCCUGAUUGGACUCAUUUUUCAUAUCAUCAAAGCGUUUUGAUCAAAUAUGUUCCUGUCUUUCUUCUUUUCCAACCAUCAACUUAAGUCUAGGUACAAAUAUCGAUUAUCCAAGUCUAAUCUAUGUCUUCUUAACUCUUUUUGCAAUUUUUACAUGUAAUUUUCAUGAUGACUUUGAUAUGCUACUAUUGUAAGGUAGACAAACCGUUGAAAUUAUCAUUUAGCACUAAAAAUGUCGAAUUAGAAACGUAAUUUAUGCUCAAAUGAAACAAAAUUGUUAUUCUUUGAAUGUUAUCUAUUGACCGAAUUUACCUUAUCAAAAUCUAUCUUAACUAUAACUGAAUAAAUAAAAUUAUCUCUAUUCAUGAAUCGAA